UUUUCCAAAUCGCGCGCCGAGUCAGAUUCCUAACAGUUCUUCACUGAGUGAACACACAGGCAGAUUUAGAAUUGUUUUAUUUAAAAAAAAUCAAAAGUUGAAAGAUACUUGAAACGUUAGUCAUCAUAUUAAGAAUAUAUUUCUGGUGUUUGGUGUCAUAAAGUUUUGGAAUACAUCUUAAAAGAUAAAACUUAAAAUGGUUGGACAGGAUUUCGCGGAAGCAGAUACGACAUCUCUUCGCCUCAGAAAGGUACGCAAACCACAGGUGGAGAAGCGUCGACGUGACCGGAUGAACAUCAGCAUAGAGAACUUGCGGGCCCUCCUUGUGGCCGCCCAUCCUCAGGACCCGUCCAUCAGACGUAGUGACAAAGCUGAGCUUCUUGAGGAGGCUGUUCGCCACCUGACCUUCCUCCAGACGCGUCCCAACCGCCAAAACGCUCCUGCCUCCUCCAACCACGACGACGCCUAUGCUUCCGGUGUCCAGGAUUGCACGAGGGAGGUCGCCAGAUACCUGAGCGGCACUGGACGUGCAAGUAUCCAAACAAUCACCCAGCUUGGAACACACCUGCGGACUACCUGCAUUCGAAGGCCGGACCAACACCCUGCCCGAGCCCCGGGAACACCCAGGACGGCUUUCGCAGCUUCACCACAGUCGACGAGCACACCGUUCCAGCCACGUGACCAUGGCCCCGUUGUGAGGUCACUUCCAGUGAUGUUCAACAGAAAUGCCAUCUCGCCAGUUAACCAUUCCGGUCGUGAACAUCCGUUUCCCCCAUCGACGAACAACACGUUCAGCAUACGCUUCACCACCACGCCAUCCCGCACCGGAAGUCUGAGUCCAGCGAGCUCCACAACAAGUUCCUCUUCUAGCGACUGUUCCUCCUCUGUGGUGUCCACUUCCGGUAUGUCCAUUAGUGAGGACAGUUCCGAUAUGGUGCCAAAUGUGUCAGGCGAUGAGGGAAACGACGCAGCGAAUGCCAUUAUGGAGGAUGAGAGGCCAUGGCGCCCUUGGUGAAUUGGAAAGAUGUUGUGUUUUUUUGUGUUGCAAAGUUUAUAUUUUUAUUUGAAGUUAUUCAGUUAAAUAGCUGACAGUUCUGAAAUAAAGAUUAGCUGUUAAUGGUAAUGGCAAUGAUGUAGCAUGUGACGUCAUUAAGAAGGAAGGGUGCCAUGGCGUUCUUUGAUGUGAUUGAUUUUUGUGAUAUUCUUUGAUUUUAGCAGUUUCAUAGCCGUGUUAAGUGCUGUUAGUACUGGAACCGAGUGAGAAAGUGUGAUUUAUAGUUCAUUGUUCAUUGGCUAAAUGAGACUGUUUUUGUUUUCAUUAAUUGAUUUUUAAUUAAUACAAAAGUGGAAUUUUGUGAAAUAAUUGAUUAUAGUACUGGAAUCAAGUGGGAAAGUGUGUUACAACUCAGUUUAUAGUUCAUUAGUUAGUAGUUUAUAGUUCAUUAGUUUAAUAGUUCUGUUUUUUUCUUCUCCAUUUUUUGUGAGUUUAAAGACACGCGAAGGGCGGAGUUUGUGAACUUGAUUAUAGAACUGGAAAAUAGCGUUGAGCAGAAGAUACAGGAUUUGCUGUUUUUGAUAUGUUAUUUGUGAUAAUUUGAUAACUUUUGU